AUGGAUACGGUUAAUAAUACGGUUAAUAAUAUCGCGGCGGCAGCUUCGAAAGUUAUUUGGGGUGAACCUCAGGAAACUACUGAUGCGGCGAAUGCGACGGUGGUUCCAGAGACGAAAGGGACGGAACCGCUUAGUGGGGAGUUGGGUGAUACGUUGAAGGGGGAACCUUAUGAUAAGGGGAAUUUAGAUUCCACCAACACCGACCCAAUAAGCACAACCAAAACCACAAACCCCGAUCCCUCCACCACCCUAUCACCCCCCGGCCAAGCCGCCAAAACCAUCGACCCCUCGCGCGCCUCCUCCACCUCCGAUAUCAUCGCCAAAACCCUCUCCGACACGCACAUUGCACCUCUAUCAUCCGAAAACCCCUCCACGACCAGUUUUAAAACUUCUUCUGAGAAACCUCUAACAUCAGCUGAGAAACCAUUGAUUUCUGAGAGGAUUAAUCCGAAUUUACCUCUUCGAUCGGGAAAUCAGUCGGCUCGAGUUGGUGAUGCGGGGAUUUUGGGUGCAUCUACUGGGGGGGAUAAGGGAUUAACUCCCGGAAGUCGAGUUGGAGAUGGAGCAGAGAAACCAAGUAGUACAUCUAAUGAGCAAGAUGUAAAAACGGAUUUAAAACCUUUGAGUGGGGAGAAGAAAGAAAGAGAAGAAGAAAAAGAAGAAAAAGAAGAAAAAGGAACAGGAGAAAAACAUAUCCCGACAACAGGUACAGUAGCCGAGGGAGGAAAUUUCGACGCUACGAAACCUGGUGCGGGAAUCGAGGCAGAUAGGUUGUUGGGGAAGGAGGGGAAGACGGAGAAGAUGGAUGCGGGGGUUAGUGGGGGGACGGUUGGGGGGACUUUUACUGGGGGGGAGGAGGGAGGUAGUGGGUUGAGUGAGCAGGGUGAGGGAGGUGGUAGUGAGGAGGAACAUGAACAUGAAAAUGAUCAUGAACAUGGGGAGGGAAAGAAAGAGGGAAAAUUGACGCAUUUGAAGGAGAAGAUUAAGGGGAAGUUGCAUAAGCAUUAG